AUGCGUUCCAAGCAUGCCAACCGAAUGCGAAAGAUAAUAUCUCGUCUGCAGGACAAAUUGGUUGAAAAUGAUGAACGCGUGUUCAAGUACUGGGCGAAGAACAUUCCAGGCAUCUGUGAAGGCGGACUCUCCCAACCUCUGCUUACCUGUGUUCAGGGCACCGGUUUAUUCGAGGUCAACUUGAGUUCGGAGCUGACCACAACGCUAUGCGAAGUGAAGUAUCUCCUUUCACUGGCCGGUACCAACAUACCAGACGCGGCACUGAGGCUCUUUGAGCAUCGUGAAAUGCUGCGAAGGUACAAGCUCACUUUGGACGCCUUGGUAGCGAAACACACACAUUUGCGUACGAGAAUUGCCAACAAUGUGAUCGCCUUAGUUUCCACCGACUUAGUUGAAGUAGAACGUCUACUGCAAAAGAGCGCUACAAAGCUGCUCUGGUCCGACGCAGGGACAUGGGAGCAUAUAAAAUCCACACGUAACGCGGUGAAUGACAUUUACCAGCGGGUUAGAGAAGCGGAGGUGAAUUUGGAUACGAUUUGCAAGCUUAUGGAAACAUGGACACAUGCCCCGUUAUUUGAAAGGCGCGACGGCAAGGCGGAUAAUCUGCUUGAGAGGAAUGGCAACGCCGAAAAACGCAAUGCGGAAAUCAGGGAAGCGGGCGAAAAAAUAUCUGCUCUACUGGAGACUAACCGUAAACUCUUCAGAACUGAGAUUGGCUCAGCGGCGUGGAAUGUCUACGUGGAAGACGUAGACGUCAUCAUCACCGAAGGUUUUGUGGAGACAAUUCGCUGUUCUCUCGACUACCUCUUAUCGGAAACUAACAAAGAGAGUUCGGAGAUUCAUCCUCUUUUUGAAAUACGGAUGGAUCUAACGAUCUCCGGAAUAAGUUUCGUGCCAGCUCUUGAGCAAGGACCUAACUCUACUUUCUUCGAUGUAUGCAAUGCGAUAUUGGAGGAUGUCUACAAGCAGGCAGAUCAGAUGAACCGAGUCGUCUCACAGGAUGAGGAAGGUCCGACUUACGAGAUCAACGAAAUGAAGGAGAUCGUCCUUGUAGAACCCUGGUUCAAAAUCAACGCCAAGCCAUUCAAACAGGGCUUGACCAACUGCGUGAAACGGUGGAGCCUCCUGUUCAAGAACUACUUGGUCAAAUUUGUGACCAACAGUUUAAGCGACCUGGAUGAUUUCAUCAAGAAAGAUCCGGAACCCGGUGACUACGACCGUCUAGUGGAAGCGAUGAGCUGCCUCGGUGCCGUAAAGGUCCGCCAACCUACCACCGACUCGAUGUUUGAACCGCUGAAGCAAACUACUGAUUUGCUAAAGUCCUACGGCCAGGAGGUGUCUCCAGAAAUCCAACUUCUCCUCGAGGAGCUGCCCAAGAAGUGGAGCAACUUGAAGAAGAGGGUUGUGUUGAUGAAGCAGGUGGUGGCACCGUUGCAAUCGGUGGAGGUAGCGAAGGUGCGGAAGUGGGCAACAGAAUUCGAGGCGGUGCAGCACAAGUAUCGCGAGGAUUUCCUCAAAAUUACGCCCUUCCAAUAUGAGUGCGAGGAGCCCUACACCGUGCUAGACAAGGAAAAUGUAGCCAUAAGCCAAAUGGAGGAGGAACUCACGAGACUCAAAAGACAAGCUCAGCUGUUUGAAGUUGCUCUGCCAGAGUAUCGUCAGCUAGCCAGCUGUCGACUUGACAUUCGUCUCCUAAAAACUGUCUGGGAUUGGGUGUUCUUCAUUCACUCCACCAUAGCCGGAUGGUACGACACUCCAUGGCGUCUCAUCAGUGUAGAUGAGAUGGAUCUCACGCUGAAGCAGUUCUCCGUAAAGGAUCUCCGUCGUCUUGACAAGGAAGUUCGAGCCUGGCCUGUCUUUCUUGGUAUUGAAGCUGAGGUUCACAAUAUGAUGACUUCAUUAAGAGCUGUGAAUGAGCUGCAGAACUCGGCUAUCCGGGGACGCCACUGGUCGCAACUGAUGUCAACCACUGGAGUCCGUUUUGUCAUGAACGAGAACACUGUCCUUGCGGAACUUCUAGCUCUGAAGCUGCACAACUACGAGGAGGAAGUACACACUCUUGUCGAUAAGGCCAUGAAAGAGGCCUCCAUGGAGAAAGUGCUGAAGGAACUAGGCCAAACCUGGAGUCAGAUGUCGUUUGAGAUAGAGCAACAUCCAAGAAGAAAUUUGAAGUUGUUUAAAGUCAGUCAGGAGACAGUGGAAGUACUUGAGGAGAACCAAGUGCAGCUGCAAAAUAUGGUCACCUCAAAGCACGUUGAUUUCUUCCGAGAUCAAAUCGCGGAUUGGCAGAGGAAACUCACAACCACCGACUAUGUUAUCGGUCUUUGGUCAGAAGUCCAAAGAACGUGGGCAUACCUGGAGGCAAUUUUCCUCAGCUCAGAGGACAUCCGCGAACAACUGCCAGAAGACUCUAAGAGAUUUGAUAAAAUCGACGAGGAGUUCAGACAGAUUGUUGGAUAUAUCGGGCAAAGAGGGACAAACAUCAUUGAAGCCACGCAUCUACCUGGUUUAUCUGGUCGUCUCGAAAGUCUUAAGGAAAGUCUGAGUCUUUGCGAAAAGGCACUUGCAGAUUACCUCGACACAAAGCGUCUGGCUUUCCCACGCUUCUACUUCAUUUCACCUACUGAUCUACUCGAUAUUUUAGCCAAUGGAAAUGAGCCUAUUAAAGUCAUACCUCACCUGUCAAAACUCUUUGACAGUAUCGCCAGUGUUGAUUUAAAAACGAAUACCAAAACUGCAACAUCGAUGAAAGCGAAGGAUGGGGAGGUAGUGCAGUUAUCAAAGGAAUGCUCUCUCGACGGUAAAGUUGAAGUAUGGCUAAAUCGAGUGCUAGAGGAGAUGCGAGCCACCUUAUUGCACAAUCUCCAUCAUUGCGUGACCAACUUUGAGGAAAAACCCCGCGAACAGUGGAUUUUUGAUUAUCCCGCCCAGGUCUCCCUGGCCGGCUGUCAGAUAGGCUGGGUGGCAGAAGUGAAUCUCAACUUUGCCCAAUUGGAGGAGGGCUAUGAGAACGCACUGAAAUUCUUUAACAAAAAGCAGAUCACCCAAUUAAACGCGCUUAUCACCCUGCUGGUAAGAGAGCUGAGUCCACAGGAGCGGCAGAAGGUAAUGACCAUCUGCACCAUCGAGGUGCACAAUCGCGACGUGGUAGCGCGACUGAUCACGCAGAAGGUGAUGGAACGCAACGCCUUUGAGUGGCUCAGCCAACUGCGACACCGAUGGGAUGAGGAGGUGAACGAUUGCUUCGCUAGCAUCUGUGACGCCCAGUUCCGCUACGCUUAUGAAUACCUCGGCAACACGCCACGGCUUGUCAUCACUCCGCUUACUGAUCGCUGCUACAUCACUCUCACCCAGUCUCUCCAUCUCUUCAUGUCCGGCAAAACCGAGACCACAAAGGACCUGGGCCGUGCCCUCGGCAUAAUGGUCUACGUUUUUAAUUGCUCUGAGCAAAUGGACUACAAGUCUGUUGGAAAUAUCUACAAGGGCCUCGCUCAGUCCGGUUCAUGGGGCUGCUUCGAUGAGUUCAACCGUAUCUCCAUUGACGUGCUUUCAGUGGUGGCAGUGCAGGUGAAGUGCAUCCAAGACGCUGUCAGGAACAAGUGCGUCCGCUUCAAUUUCCUUGGCGAGGAGAUCAGCCUCAAUCCCACUGUGGGCAUUUUUAUUACUAUGAACCCCGGCUACGCGGGUCGCACCGAGUUGCCAGAGAACCUGAAGGCCCUCUUCCGACCCUGCGCCAUGGUGGUGCCCGACUUCGAGCUCAUCUGUGAGAUCAUGCUGGUAGCGGAGGGUUUCAUGGAAGCUCGUCUUUUGGCCCGAAAAUUCAUUACCCUAUAUGGACUGGCUAAGGAGCUGCUUUCCAAGCAGGAUCAUUACGAUUGGGGCCUACGAGCUAUCAAGUCGGUUCUGGUGGUUGCCGGCUCGCUCAAACGAGGCGAUCCUACUCGCCCAGAAAAGGAAGUUCUAAUGCGAGCUCUUCGUGAUUUCAAUACGCCCAAAAUCGCCUCAGAUGAUUUGCCCGUCUUUAUGGGUCUGAUUACCGAUCUUUUUCCAUCAAUGGACGUGCCACGGAAGAGAGAUUUAGCUUUUGAAGAAGAGGUACGAAAAGCUGCCGUGGAUUUGAAACUACAACCCGAAGAAAAUUUUGUUCUCAAAGCUGUGCAACUGCAGGAAUUGCUCGCUGUUCGUCACUCAGUUUUCGUUCUCGGCAAUGCAGGCACUGGGAAAUCUAUGAUUUGGCGCGCCCUGUUUAGGGCGAACCAGAACUUGAAGAAGAAACCUGUCGCGGUGGAUUUGGAUCCAAAAGCAGUGACCAACGAUGAACUCUUCGGCGUCAUAAAUCCCGCUACUAGAGAAUGGAAAGACGGUCUGUUUUCAGUAGUGAUGCGGGACCUUUCCAGACUGAAGCAUGAUGGACCCAAAUGGAUAGUGCUGGAUGGUGAUAUCGACCCCAUGUGGAUUGAAUCCCUGAAUACUGUGAUGGAUGAUAACAAGGUCCUCACCCUGGCUAGCAACGAGAGAAUUCCAUUGACACCUAGCAUGCGACUCGUUUUUGAAAUUAGCCACUUGAAAACAGCCACACCAGCAACUGUCUCUCGGGCUGGCAUUCUUUUCGUCAAUCCUCAGGACCUGGGAUGGGCACCGUAUGUCUACUCCUGGUUGGCCUCCCGUGACAACCGUUCUGAGCAGGCUAAUAUAGGAUUUCUCAUUGAAACCUACGUUCCAAUCUGCCUGGAGGCCCUUCGAACGCGGUUUAAGACCACUGUGCCAUUAGUCGAGUUGGGCCAUGUGCAGACCCUGUGUCACCUGCUGGAGGUUCACCUCACCCCCACAAACACGCCUCCUGAUACACCCAAGGAGGUUUACGAGGCCUUCUUUGUAUUUUGCGCUGUUUGGGCCUUUGGGGGCGCCUUGGCACAGGACCAGUUGGUUGAUCACAGGGUGGAGUUUUCCAAGUGGUGGAUCGAGGAAUUCAAAUCUGUUAAGUUUCCUGCCACCUCGGGUGCCACGGUGUUUGAUUUCUAUCUCGAUCCGGAGACCAAGAAGUUUGAACCGUGGAGUAAGAAGGUUGAACAAUUCAUUCUAGAUCCAAAUGAACCGCUACAGACGGCGCAUGUGUCGACUACGGAGACGGCGCGAAUUCGAUACUUCCUCAAUCUUCUAGUCGCAGCUCGUCGACCCGUCAUGCUGGUCGGGGGUGCAGGGACCGGAAAGACCGUUCUGGUGCAGAAUCUGCUUCGGGACCUUGGAGAGGAUUUUCUUGUGGUUAAUGUGCCCUUGAAUUUCUACACCACAAGCGAGAUGCUCCAGCGAGUGUUGGAGAAACCACUGGAAAAGAAAACUGGUCGUUGCUACGGUCCACCGGGUAGCAAACGCCUUAUCUACUUCAUCGAUGACCUAAACAUGCCAGAAGUGGACGCCUACUUUACGGUGCAGCCGCAUACCCUGAUCCGACAACACAUUAACCACUCGCAUUGGUACGAUCGGGCCAAACUCACAUUGAAGGAGGUCACUAACGCCCAGUAUGUGACCUGCAUGAAUCCCACGGCGGGAAGAGAUGCUGUUCACUCAAUCUACAACUCCAUCCUCUCGCAACAUCUUCAACUGCCUUCUGCAGAUUUUCCACAAAUCGUGCAGCGCCUAGCCUCCAGCCUCACUGGCCUAGCCGUUGACUUCCAUGCCCGAAUAACGGCCACAUUCUUACCAACUGCUUUGAAGUUUCACUACGUUUUCAACUUACGUGAUCUCACAAAUGUUUUUCAGGGCCUCUUAUUUUCGAAAGAUGAGUGUCUUAAGGCUCCACUCGAUUUGCUGCGUCUCUGGAUUCAUGAAACUGAGCGGGUCUACGCGGACAAGUUGACAGAUGCAUCUGAUCAGACCGCCUUUGACAAGCUCCUGCAUGAUUUUGUCAUUAAGCAUUUCACAGAGUUAGACGUCGAGGAGAGUGUCAUCUUCUCCAAGCCCCUCCUCUACUGUCACUUUAUUCAGGGUUUUAAUGAUCCUCGUUACCUUCCGGUGGAGUCAAAUGAUACCCUAGCAAAGCUGUUAAAUGACGCGUUGGUAAAUUACAAUGAGAUGUACGCCGCUAUGAAUCUUGUCCUCUUUGAGGAUGCGAUUGAACAUAUUCUGAGAAUUGAUCGUAUUCUUGAAUCACCACGAGGCAAUGCUCUACUGGUUGGAAUCGGUGGUUCGGGUAAGCAAUCACUUUCACGCCUGGCUGCGUUCAUCAGUUCUCUCGAGGUCUUUCAGAUUGUCGCCAGGAAGGGCUACUCUGUCACCGACUUAAAAGCCGAUCUGGCUGCGCUGUAUCGAAAGGCAGGACUCAAAAACGUCGGAACCGUGUUUCUUCUUACUGAUGCCCAAGUAUUAGAAGAAAAGUUCCUUGUGAUAAUAAAUUAUCUACUAGCAUCGGGAGAGAUUCCUGAUCUCUUCGCUGACGAUGAGGUGGAGGAGAUUAUUUCUGCUGUUCAAUCAGAAACGAAGGCUGCAGGUAUUCUGGAUACCAGGGAGAAUUGCUGGCAGUUUUUCAUCAACAAGGUCAGACGAACGCUAAAAGUGGUUCUAUGUUUCUCCCCAGUCGGCCCGAAGCUUCGUAUGCGUGCUAGGCGUUUUCCAGCGCUGGUCAACUGCACAACCAUCGACUGGUUCCAUGAGUGGCCAGAAGAAGCCUUGCUCUCUGUAUCGAAGCGAUUUGUGUCUGAAAUUAGCCUUCUUGAUCCAGCCCUAUGUGAACCCAUUUCUACAUUCAUGUCUCAUGUGCAUAAGACGGUGAAUGAUGUGAGCAGAGACUACUUAACCAACGAGAAGCGCUACAAUUACACCACUCCCAAGUCUUUUCUAGAACAGAUUCACUUGUAUGAAAACAUGUUAAAUAGACGAGACGAGGAGAUUCGAGGUAACAUUGCCCGUUUAGAAAAUGGCUUGCAAAAGCUGGAAAGCACUGCUCAACAGGUUGACGAUCUGAAAGCAAAAUUAGCCACUCAGGAGGUCGCACUAGCUGAGAAAAAUGAGGAUGCCAACAAGUUGCUGGCUAUUGUUAGCGCGGAGACAGAGAAAGUGGUUGCCGAGAAGGCGGUAGCUGAUGAGGAGGAAAAGAAGGUGGCAAAGAUUCGAGCAGAAGUUUCAGUCAAACAGCGGGAAUGUGAGGUAGACCUUGCUAAGGCCGAGCCGGCACUUGUGGCUGCCCAGGAGGCCCUAAAUACACUAAAUAAGAGUAACCUGACGGAAAUGAAGUCUUUUGGCACGCCACCGCCGGCUGUUGUUAAAGUUGUCGCCGCUGUCGCUUGUCUCCUGGCUCCACAAGGUCGAGUACCCAAAGAUCGCAGUUGGAAAACCGCCAAGGCCGGAAUGAUGAGUAAGAUAGACCAGUUUCUUGAUAAUCUGAUCAACUAUGACAAGGAAAAUAUGCAUGAGAACUCGCUAAAAGCUGUAGCCGAGUAUCUGAAGGACCCCGAAUUCGACCCUAAUCUAGUUCGCAGUAAAUCUCUCGCUGCUGCCGGACUCUGCUCGUGGGUCAUCAACAUAGUCAAAUUUCAUGAGGUCUUCUGUGUAGUGAAACCCAAGCGAGAGGCUUUGGACGAGGCCAACAAGGAGUUGCAAGGUGCCACCGAGGCUUUGGAUAAAAUUCGAGAAGAGAUUGGCCACCUAGAGAGUAAGUUAGCGGAGUUGACUGUCAACUUUGAAAACGCCAAGACUGAGAAGCAGAAGUGUCAGGACGAGGCAGACAACACAAAAAAAACCAUCGACUUGGCCAAUCGCCUUGUAGGCGGUCUCGCCUCGGAGAAGCUUCGGUGGUCGCAACAGAUCGAAGAGCACAAUGUUCAGGCCUCAUGCCUUCCUGGAGAUGUCCUCAUAACCGCCGCCUUCCUGUCCUAUCUUGGCUACCUCACUAAAAAGUACCGAUCCGAUUUACUUGACAAAUUGUGGAUGCCCUUUCUGAAAACUCUACAGCCCGCAGUUCCGAUGACACCUGACCUUGACCCGCUUUCUUUACUGGUGGAUGAUGCACUUGUAGCAAAGUGGAACAAUGAGGGACUGCCCAGCGACCGGUUUUCAGUGGAGAACGCUGCUAUACUUACCUCUUCGGAGCGUUGGCCUCUCCUUGUAGAUCCCCAAUUACAAGGUAUUAAAUGGAUUAAGACGCGCUACGCUGAAGACCUUAAAGUUCUUAGACUGGGUCAAAAAGGCUACCUUGAUGUCAUCGAGAAGGCAAUUUCAGAGGGAGCUGUUGUUCUGAUUGAGAACAUCGACCUCGUUAUUGAUCCAGUCUUGGAACCCCUCAUCGGUCGGAACACGACCAGGAGAGGCACAGCGAUCCGUCUGGGUGGAAAGGAAAUCGACUAUAACCCAGCGUUUAAAUUGAUCCUGCAGACUAAGUUGGGCAAUCCGCACUAUGCACCAGAGUUGCAGGCACAGACGACACUCAUUAAUUUCACGGUGACUCGUGACGGCUUGGAGGACCAACUUCUAGCUAAUGUAGUCCGAAAGGAGAGACCAGACUUGGAGAAUUUAAAAUCCGACCUCACUCGACAGCAAAAUGAGUUUAAAAUCACUCUGAAGAACCUCGAAGACGCCUUGCUGGCGAAGCUUUCAGAGGCGGAGGGUAACUUUCUAGGUAACUAUGCCCUUGUCGAAAAUUUGGAAACAAAUAAGCGAACAGCGGCAGAAAUUCAAGGUAAAGUUCAACAGGCAAAGGUGACAGAGGCGGAGAUUAACACGGCCCGUGAGAUCUACCGGCCAGCCUGUGAGCGUGCCGCGAUACUCUACUUCAUUGUCAGCGAUUUGAAUAAAGUCAAUCCCAUUUACCAGUUCUCUCUGAAGGCCUUUGGUUGUGUCUUUGACGCAGCUAUGACCCGAGCCGAGACCUCUGAAGAUGUGAAAUCGCGUGUGACAAAUAUUAUCAACUCGGUGACGUAUUCUGUGUACGUGUACACAUCGAGGGGUCUCUUUGAAAAGGACAAACUAUUGUUUACAGCUCAAGUCGCCUUCCAAGUGUGUCAAGCGAGAGGUGAGGUGAAUGCACAAGAACUGGACUAUCUUUUACGCUUCCCCGUUACACCAAACGUGACCAGUCCUGUCGACUUUAUCACCAACAUCGGUUGGGGUGCAAUAAAGGCUCUAACUACUCUGGAGACUUUUAAUAACCUAGACUCUGACAUUGAGGGCUCUGCCAAGCGCUGGAGAAAGGUGGUCGAUAGUGAAAAGCCUGAAAACGAAAGACUACCACAAGAAUGGAAGAACAAGACCCACCUGCAACGUCUGUGCAUCCUCCGCGCUUUGCGACCGGAUCGCAUGCUGUAUGCCAUUCGCAAUUUUGUCUCUGCUAAUCUCGGGAAGGUGUUUACUGAGGGAAGCAGUCUUUCAUUUGCCGAGUCCUUUGAAGAGUCUGGACCAGCAACUCCGAUCUUCUUCAUUCUCUCACCAGGUGUUGAUCCACUGAAAGAUGUCGAGGCUCUUGGACGGCAGAUUGGUUUCACUAGUGAUAGGAAAAAUUUCCACAACAUCUCCUUGGGUCAAGGUCAGGAGAGUGUUGCCGAGGAAACGAUGAAGUUGUCUGCACAUGAAGGCCAUUGGAUUAUUUUGCAGAAUGUACAUCUGGUGGCAAAAUGGCUGCCGGCUUUUGAGAAGCUUCUGGAAGAGCUUAUGGACGGAGCACAUGAAAACUACCGAGUGUUUAUAAGCGCCGAGCCCGCAAGCUCACCUGAGUUCCAUGUAAUUCCACAGGGAGUACUGGAGAAUUCCAUCAAGAUUACGAAUGAACCACCCACUGGUAUGCAGGCGAAUAUUCACAAAGCCCUAAACAAUUUCACUCAGGCAACGCUGGAAAUGAGCAUAAAGGAAUAUGAAUUUAAGAUGAUUCUAUUCACACUCUGUUACUUUCAUGCUGUGGUGUGUGAACGUCGAAAGUUUGGACCACAGGGCUGGAACCGCGUCUAUCCAUUCAACACUGGUGACCUGACAAUCAGUGUCGAUGUGCUCUACAACUAUCUUGAGGUAAAUAACGAUAUACCCUGGGAAGGUCUGCGUUAUCUUUUCGGGGAGAUAAUGUACGGCGGACAUAUUACUGACGAUUGGGACAGACGUCUGUGUAAAACAUAUUUGGAAGAGUAUAUAACCACAACCAUGAUGGAUGGUGACCACUUACUCGCUCCUGGGUUCAAGGCUCCUCCAAAUUCAGACAUGGCUGGCUAUCACAAGUACGUAGAUGCCAACCUGCCACCAGAAUCACCCUACCUCUAUGGAAUGCAUCCAAAUGCAGAGAUAGAUAUUCUUACUGUAGAAUCCGAGAAGCUGUUUCGAAGACUGCUUGAAAUGAUGCCUCGGGAAAGUAAGGAGGGUGAGCAGACAGAUGAUAGCUUAGAAAAAAAUGUUCAGACAAAGCUUGAAGACAUUCUUGGGAGACUGCCAGAACCAUUUAACAUGCAGGAUCUGCACUCACGCGUACCUCCUGAGGAAAGAACUCCAUUCGCCAUUGUCGCCCUUCAGGAGUGCGAUCGCAUGAACAUUCUUUUGAGGGAGAUUUUACGUUCCCUCAAGGAGUUAAGUCUAGGAUUGAAGGGUGAACUAACCAUAAGUCCAGAGAUGGACGCCCUACAAAAUGCACUCUUUUUUGACACAGUUCCACAAACAUGGACUACCAGAGCUUAUCCCAGUCUCUACCCAUUGGGUCUGUGGUACGCGGACCUGAUUGCGAGAGCGAGGGAUUUGGAGAUUUGGGUGACUGACUUCACGUCGCUGCCAAGUGCAAUCUGGUUGGGAGGGCUGUUCAAUCCACAAUCCUUCCUCACUGCAAUCAUGCAGCAGAUGUCACGAAAGAACGAAUGGCCACUGGAUCGAGUGACCCUGAAUGUGGAUGUGACGCGGAAGACAAGGGAGGAGCUGACAGGACCCCCAAGGGGCGGCGCGUUCGUGCACAGCCUCUUUGUGGAAGGUGCACGGUGGGACACACAGACUGGUCUGCUGGCGGAGGCAAAGCCCAAGGAGUUGGUCUCCGCUCUACCCAUCGUCUUUAUCAAGGCCGUUCCCGUUGACAAACAGGACACACGAGGCACCUAUGCCUGUCCCGUGUAUAAGACGAAGAGCCGCGGUCCCACGUAUGUGUGGACAUUUAACUUGAAAACGAAGGCCAAACCUGCCAAUUGGGUGCUUGGUGGUGUGGCAAUCAUUCUACAAGUUUAA